AUGCUUCUCGUUACUGACUUGCCUAGUGUACUACCUCCCCCUCCUCCCCGCUAUACCAUUCCAGUUGCCUAUGCAGCUGGAGCGGCAAAUGGCAUGGCAGUACCGGUCGUUGAGACCAACAAUAUAAUCAGUCAUCCAGAAGGUGGUUGUUCAUUGCAGGCCGGAGAAGGAACAUACCGCCUGAAUGACGACCUACAUCUCGCGACCCCUCCACCUCACCCAUCCGAGGCCCCAAUCAUCAAUCCCAAUCCUCUUGCGACCGUUCCGACACCUCCAACAUCCGGCGUCAAAAUCUCCUUGAUCAGUCUCGGCCGGAACAAAACUCCCUCCUUCGCUCUGAAAGAGAAUGUGACGGCACCUGGGUUUGGAGAGGGAAACCCUGCACUUGUAUCCCCGGCUGUUAAGGAUGGACUGAAAAGGCGCAAACCGAAGAACAACAUCAUCAAGAGCAGCUCUUCGUUUGUUUCGCGGGUCAUCACCCAUGAGUCUUCCGCCAAAAGACUCAACGACAGAAAUCCGGACGGUUUUUUUGCGCUCGCCAACAUCAACCGUGCAUUUCAAUGGCUGGACCUCAGUUCUAAGCAGAAGGAGGAACCUCUCGCGAAGAUUCUUUUCACCAAGGCCCAUAUGUUAACACAUGAUGUUAACGAACUGACCAAAACGUCGUCACAUAUUGAUGUGGUCAUGGGAUCUUCAGCCGGCGACAUCAUCUGGUAUGAGCCUAUGUCACAGAAAUACGCUCGGAUCAAUAAAAAUGGCGCGGUGAACAACUCCCCCGUGACCCAUAUCAAAUGGAUUCCUGGAUCGGAAAACCUGUUCAUGGCCGCUCAUGCAAAUGGCCAACUGGUGGUCUACGACAAGGAAAAGGAGGAUGCUCCGUUUACGCCAGAGGUCAGCGAAGAGGCCAGGAAGCCGUCUGGACGAAAGCCGCUGCAGGUGUUGAAAUCUGUCAACUCAAGAAAUCAGAAGACGAAUCCAGUCGCCUUCUGGAGAGUAGCGAAUCAGAAGAUUUACCAUUUCGCAUUCUCGCCGGAUCAGAGACAUCUGGCUAUAGUUUUGGAAGACGGGUCCUUGCGAGUAAUGGACUAUUUGAAGGAAGAGGUAUUGGACGUCUUCCGUAGUUACUAUGGUGGAUUGAUCUGUGUCUGCUGGUCGCCCGAUGGCAAAUACAUUGUCACUGGUGGUCAAGAUGACCUAGUGACAAUAUGGUCACUGCCGGAGCGUAAGAUCGUUGCACGGUGCCAGGGUCACAACUCAUGGGUUUCUGCAGUAGCAUUUGACCCGUGGCGCUGCGAUGAGAGGACAUAUCGGUUUGGAAGUGUUGGCGAUGAUUGCCGGCUUCUCUUAUGGGAUUUCAGCGUCGGCAUGCUCCAUCGACCGAGGGCGCACCAAGCCAGUGCUCGUCAGCGGACGAGCAUGAUUGUGCCCAGUACGCAAAACGUCAACCGGCACCAAGGUGACAGCGGCGGUCAUCGGAUACGAUCCGAUUCUCAACAAACCGCAGACACUUAUGACAGUGUUGACCAAACGGUCCGUCACCCGGUCGAGCCCAGGGCACGAACUGCCCUGUUGCCACCUAUUAUGUCUAAAAUUGUCGGCGAGGACCCGAUCUGCUGGUUAGGGUUCCAGGAAAACAGCAUUAUGACAUCCUCUCUUGAAGGUCAUAUUCGCACUUGGGACCGUCCCCGAGAAGGCGUCAACGAGAGUCACAAUGCUCACUCCUCAUCCCCGGCCGUCAGUGCCAGUGCAUUCGGAUCUCGCACCGGGUCACAUCUCGCUGAUUCGGCCAGAGGAUCGUUGUGA